GCUGCCGAGUCCCUGUCGCCUUUAGAUUACUUCAUACGAGACCUGGAUGAACGAAAAGGCAAGCUACCUUGUUGUCAAGAAUAUGUUCAAGAAGUCACUGACAUUCAGACCAGUGUUGAAAAUUUUCUUAAAGCUCUUCUUCUGGAAAUAGAGAAAGACCUUCCUUUCUUCAAAACAACACUUAUUAACUGCGGAAGCUUUUACGAGGGAACGAAAGUCGGAAAACCCGACGAGUUCGACUAUUUUGUUCAGAUGGAUAACUUGUCUCAAGACAUUCGCUUUGAGGAGUUGAAACAUGGUAUGGUGGCAGUGAUUCCAAGCGAAUCAGCUUUCGAAAAGCUUCCAAAGGUAAAACGUAGCCUUUAUUCCUUUGACUGGAAAGUAAAUAUAAAGUCGCCGUUUGUCGAAGCAUUGCACAGUAAGUUAGUCAAAGGGUUUAAAGCGUUCGGUCUGAAAGUCCUUUCAGGUGGAAUGGGAAGUCUGGAAAGACAUGGGCCUGCUUACACUUUACACCUCAAAUGGACCGGAGGGGAACUAUACAAAGGAUUAAUUAUCGCCGUUGAUUUGGUUUUAGCGGUGAAGAUUAACUCUCAUUCUUCAACUAUGAAAGUGGAUCUUGAAUCUCAAGCAGGACGCGUAGUGUCGUCUUUGUUAAUAAAUACUUUACCAUACUAUUUCGCAGUGAGUGGAUACAAGAAUUACCCAGUUUCAUCAUCAAACUUGUUCAAAGAAUUUAGGGAAGAGCAGAAAAAAAGAGUCUUGAGAUUUCCAGUACCUGAACCAACAAUCAGCCUGAGAGAAUCUCAUUGCCUUUUACGAAUUUCUCAGUCAUGUCUUGAACAGUCACUGUUCCGUGACCAUUUUGGUCCUGAUGGUGGACCAAGUGUCUGUCUCAGGGUGCUCAAGGUAUUGCGUGACAUGACUUGUUCACUUGAUCAGUAUAAGUAUUGGCCGGGCCGAUACACCUAUGAUAAAGGAGAAUCCAUUGACGAGAAAGUACGGAAAUAUAUUAAAAAUGAUAAAGAAAUUAAUAAUUCUGACGGGCAUACAAAAAUGCCCUCUUUGUGUGGUGUUACACAACCAUGGCCAGAUCUAGACAGUAGUAACAAUUAUAUUUCUUCAUACGUCCUCAAAACUCUUGUUUUGUUUGAAUGGAGUAAAAGCCCAGAAGAAAAGCAGUGGACUGGGAGCAACCUCAGUCAGCGUAUUGUGAACAUAGUUACUACUCUUGUAAGAAUCCUGAAGCAACUAAACGAAGGGAUAAAAAGCUUUUGGUACAAAGACUACAAUGUUUUUCCAAAUCGUAAGGAAAUAGGCCUUCGGCCAGGAGCCAUCAACAGAGUGAGCAUCAUUCUUCAAUGUUUAUCAUCCUUACAAACUGCCAGCAAAUAUUGUUUUGAGGAUUGUGUUCAAACUCUUACAGAUUUACUGACGGUGGCUCGCUAUAAGACGAAAUUGACAAUAUUUUUGCACAGUGCACUGGAAGAUAUUUUCGGUGAUAAGAUUACAAAGGUUCUGGAAGAAUCCGUUGGUAAGACAAAAAAGCCGGAAGAAAGUCCCCCUAUUCCAAAAGGUCCUUAUUGGAUGAGAUUGAUGAUGAAUUUACAAACGUCAGAAAUUGUUGAUACAGACUUUAUGUGUGCGCCAUCCGCUUUCUGUAGUAUCUACAUUCAAGCUCUUCUUGAAAAGUUAGCUCCAGUGGAGGAUUUUCAAAUUCUUAGUUCUUACUUCAAAUGCAAGGACGAUAGCAUAUCCGUGUCAGGUACUGAUAGUUUUACUCAGGAAGAAGCUCAGGAGAUUGUUAAGAAUGCAAGAGAUAUAUUUGAGAAAAAUGCACGUAAAACAAUGAACGAUCUUCACAGUUUACAGAGUUUACCAGACUACAGUCUUUGGUCUCAGGAAUUCGAACAUGAUAGGGUGGCAAGCUUGUUGAAGUUGCUGAGCGAGAACUUUAAUAAAGACCUUGAAAUCAUGCAUAAUAGAAUC